AUGGCUGCUGUCACUCUGCUGACAGUCCAGGAAGCUUCCACGCAGCUAUUUGGGCAUCUUUUCACACCUUCACCUUCCAAACCGCAGUCCCUGGUGAUCCUGACUUUCUCAGCCUGGCUCUGGAUCCACACGGGACUGGAGAAGGGGAUUUGGUCUGAAUGGGUCAGACAAAAGCCAACUUGCAUCUUCCGCUCCGAGGGGAUCUGGGCAGAGCCUGGGGCGGCCUCCUGGCCGCUGCCUUCUCAGACCCAGGGUCUUCGGCCUGGGCUGGACACCUCAGGCCCCUCAAGUAAUUGGCCUCUUGGUGACCGAGCACUGCCUUUCCAGCCGCUCUCUGCGCUCGCCUGCCCCUCCGGCCUCCCCUGGCGGCCACAGGCGUCCGGGGCCCUCGCUCCCCAGUUCCAGGCGUCCCGGGAGCCAGGCGGGCAGCGAGGCGAGUUCUUAUGUCCGUGUGAGCGCGGGCGAGUGUAUGCGUGCACGUGCACGAGCGUGAGUGUGCGUGUGCGUGAGUUUGAGUGUGCAGGAGCGUGUGAAUGUGUACAUGUGCACGAACGUGAGUGUGAGUGUGCGUGCGUGGAAGGGCGGCGGGGAGCCUGGUUGAAGGCCGGCUGCCCGCAUGGCUGUCAGAGAAAAACAGAAGUGGGAGCCUGCUGCGGGCACCGAGAGGACUUGAUGGGAGCCCUGGCGCCCGCUGGGCACCGCGAGGAGAACAAUAUUGCCAAGAAUAUCUGGAUGGAUGAAGGUGGCCGGCAAAUCGUCAGAGGCAACUCGGACAGUCCAGAGGAGGAUGGCGCAGAGCCAGGGGAGGCACAGGGAGGCGGCAGGCAGAUCUGAGAGGCGUCACCAAGGCAGCACUAAGGAAGGAGAGCAGGGACAGUGACUGCCUCGGGCUGCUGCAGCUCAGGAGGCCGAAUGACGCCCUUGACCAAGAAACACACGAUUGUAGAUUUAAUUGUUUUCGAAAGACUUCGCCCUGCUCUGUAGGAUUGGCGGCUCGAUUGGCAUUCUGCCUACUUCACAGAUGUGGCAGCCGAGGCUUGGAAAAAUGCAGUAAUUUGCCCAUGAUCUUGUAGCUAGCAAGGGCUGAAACCAGAACUAGGGCCUCUGCUCCAAACUGAGCGCUGUUUUGACUGCUCCGCAGCUACUUCCCAGGACCCCGCAGAACAGCCAAUGCAGGGAACUGUGCCCCCAUCCGCUUCCUUUGGGACUGCCUUCCUCUGUCCCCUUGGUGCUCAGGGCCCUGCGUUGGGCAUCUGUUGGGGCCGGCUGCUGACUGGCACUGCCUGGUGCCCUCCUGGCUCCUCCCACAGUUUCCCAGACCCCCGAGGUCCCAGUACUCACACUGCGGGGCCGACAAACAGCAGGUGUCCUUGCGUCUGACUAAAAUGACAUCCACUUAGUGUGGUGACAUUGGUUGUUCUGGGUUGCCCAGAUGCUUAGCUCAAUGUUGAAUGUGAGAACUGAGGAGAACUAAUUUCUGCUUAAUUCAUGUCCUCUUUGUUAGUGGAACAAUUUCAUUUCAAAAUGGAAACACACUUGGGAGAAAUUUUUUAAAAGGGAUUCUAGUAGUGAAGAGAUGGAGAACAGCUAUUCGGGAAUCUUUAUUCCUUUCCACUCUGCCCCAACUCCCUGGAUCCUACCCCAGCACCCCAGGCCAUUUAAUCACUCUGUUCCUUGCCCUUUCUGA